AAAAUCUCCUGGCUCUUCCUUUUCUUGCUCUGUUGCGCAGUAGUUAACAUGCUUCCUAAUUGUCAAGUGUGUUUUAUUUAUACGAUAAAGCAAAACGAAUUCAUUUACAAUAAAAGAAGAAAUGCUUUGCGUUAAUAGAUUGCUGUUGCGGACGCCAUGUUCCAGCCCCCGCAACAUGUGUACCGUUACAUCGGCAGAGCUCAAUUACAUGAUCAACACUUACAUGCAAGACGACAACAUAAGUCAUGCCCGCAAACUGUUUGAUGAAAACCCCUCGUCCCGCAACCUCGUUUCCUGGAACAUGAUGAUGUAUGCCUACGCCAAACAUCAUCAAAUUCAACAUGCCCACGACCUGUUCGAUCAAAUGCCCCUUAAAGACGUAGUUUCCUGGAAUACCAUGCUCUCUGGUUUUCACAGAACCUCGAACUCUGAUGGGUUGUACCACUGUUUCUUGCAAAUGGGAAGAGCUGGUGUGCCCCCUGAUGACUAUACCAUUUCCACAUUCCUCAGAGCAGUUAUAAGUACUGAGUUGGAUGUUUUGAUCCCCCAGGUUCAUGCUCGAGCACUGCAUUUGGGACUUAACUUAAGUGUGUUUGUUGGGUCUUCGUUGAUCAAAGCUUAUGCGAGUUUAAGAGAGGAGGAGGUUUUUAAGCGAGUGUUUGAUGAUAUAUUGGCAAAAAAUGUCACAUCUUGGAACGCUUUGGUUUCUGGUUAUAUGGAAGUGGGAAGUAUGGGUGAUGCACAAACAACCUUUGAUAUGAUGCCACAGAGAAACAUAAUUUCAUGGACUACUUUGGUUAAUGGUUAUAUCAGGAACAAUAGGAUAAACAAAGCAAGGUCUGUUUUUGACAAAAUGAGUGAGAGGAAUGUGGUGUCUUGGACAGUAAUGAUUAGUGGGUAUGUGAAAAGUAAGAGAUUUAUGGAUGCUUUGAAGCUUUUUGUUCUGAUGUUCAAGUCGGGAACUCGUCCCAAUCAUUUCACCUUUUCAAGUUUGUUGGACGCAUGUGCUGGUUGUUCCUCUCUUUUAACGGGAAUGCAGUUGCACCUCUGUGUUAUCAAGUCUGGCAUGGCGGAGAAUGUCAUCUCAUUGACCUCGCUUGUGGAUAUGUAUGCAAAAUGUGGGGAUACGGAUGCUGCAUUUCGUGUUUUUGAGUCCAUUCUGAAUAAGAAUCUGGUGUCUUGGAAUUCAAUAAUUGGCGGGUAUGCCAGACAUGGGCUAGCUACCCGAGCACUAGAGGAGUUUGAUAGGAUGAAAAAAGCUGGUUUUACACCAGAUGAAGUCACUUUUUUAAAUGUGUUGUCAGCAUGUGUGCAUGCAGGUCUUGUUGAAGAAGGUGAAAAGCACUUCACUUCUAUGCUGACCGAGUAUGGAAUCCAGACAGAGAUGGAGCACUAUACUUGCAUGGUGGACCUGUAUGGAAAAGCAGGGCAAUUUGAUAAAGCAGAAAAUUUGAUCAAGAAUUUGCCAUUUGAGCCUGACGUGGUGUUGUGGGGUGCGUUGCUUGCAGCUUGUGGCCUGCAUUCAAAUUUACAACUUGGAGAGUAUGCUGCAGAGAGAAUCCGCAAACUGGAGAGCAAUAAUCCUAUUUCUUACUCCAUGCUUUCAAAAAUCCAAGGCGAGAAAGGAAUAUGGAGCAGUGUAAUUGAAUUGAGGAAUAUGAUGGAGGAGAGAAAAGUCAAAAAGCAGAAGGCAAUUAGCUGGGUCGAGUAAGCUCUAUCUGUAAACUCGACCGAGUGAUAAAGAUUACGUGCAUUGUGCAUAGUGCAAUUUAAUAGAAAAUGUGUUGCCCAGAAGAAAAAUCCUCACUCCUCAUUCUUUUGUGGCUCUUUCUACCCAAAUGAAUUCCCACGGUAUAUUAGAGCCCAAGGGACGUGGGAGUCUCUAACAUCCUCGAGCCAGUGGCAAGGGAAAAUGCCAGAUGAACUGUCAAUCACUCAUAUCCCUUGGCUUCUGGUGAAUCAAAUGCCCAUUUUAUUGAAGAUUUAUGAAGUAUGUACUGUUGUUAAAACGAGCUGGGUUAAAAUGUUCGAGUGAGCUUUUUCCAACUCUAGAAUUUUCAAAUGCAAAGUUACAAUUGGAGGGCAAUAAAAGCAUUGGCAGUGCUUUGUGGUGGUAUGGUUAGUCAUGGUUACUCUAAAAUAUUGAAAAUCCUAAGAGAUACGAGGGAAAGAACAUCAUUGGAUUGCAAAUAUGAUGUAGACAUUGUAUGCUGGUAUUUAGCUUUUGUUAAUUUCUUGUAUUUUAUGGGUAAUGAACAUCAGUUAGCUUAGGUUAUAUGUUUAUUUGCAUAGUUCGAAAACAGGAAGGAUGUAAUUUGGAGAAGAAUAAAAAGGUAGAAUGAAUACCGUAUAUUAAUAUUCA